UUCUCUCUUCUUCUUUUUUUUUUUCACGUCUCUCACGUUUCUCUUUUUCACCUGCGAGCGAACAAAGAGAAGCCAGUGGCUCGAGCUUGAUGUACUGCUCAUAUCCGAGAGAUGAACAAUAUCGGUGUACUCGUCGUAAAAAUUCCGGAGUAACUCCAGGGACGUGGCGCAUUAUUUUCCUUUAUCGACAAAACGAUAUACAUACUACGUACUAGCACGUGCCAUUAAUAUGGAUUGAUUUUCUGCAUAUACGCUAAUUACCAUACACAUACACACGUAACUCUUCGACUUCAUUUCAUUCAUUUGCUUUGUGUCCUUUCCAUUUGAACACGAUGAGACGUUUGAUAAGUGAUGUUUCCUUAAAAAUGGAAGAAUAAUAGUUGUCGAGUAGCAACGGUAUUUGAAAGAUGUUGAGCGAGCAGUGGAUUGAUCGACAGUGACCGAUCAAACUUUCUAAUUCAUCCAAUUGCUUUUGGGUUGGCCUCCUACCAGAAACUCGCUAGAUCUACUGCAAGAGCUGGCACGCGCUAUCUAAAUACUUUUGUCUCCGGUUCGUGACGACCUCGGAGGGACGACCCGCCGUGUCAUGAUCGCGCGACGGUGAAAGAGAAAAAGACGUAGCAAGAUGGAACAAAUGGCACGUCGGUUGCAUUGCCAUCGGGACGGAGUUAAUACACGUCACGUAACGCGUUUCUAAGGUAUCGGUGACGUUUCGGUAGCCUGAGCGCGGGCAAAGUUCACGAGAAUGGAGCACCUGGAUGAAAAUCAAACCUCAGGAUCACCGGACGCCAAGACGACGACGGAAAACGCGGAUGACGAAGAUGGCUUCGAUCUCGAUGAUCUUUUACCGAUCGUCGGCGAAUUCGGCCGUUAUCAAAAGCAACUUCUCUGGCUUGUGUGUCUCCCGGCGUGUCUUCCGUGUGGGUUUUGCGCCUUCAAUCAGCUCUUCAUGGCCGACACGCCACCCCACUGGUGCAAAGUACCGGGGCUGGAGAACCUCGAUGUGUUCCGCAGAAGGAAACUCGCGAUUCCUAUCAGUCAGGACGACAAUGAAACGUACAGUCAGUGCACACGAUACGAUAUCGAUUGGACAGCGGAAAACGUUUCUGUCGUGACGACAGCCUCGUACGUGCCAAAUACAUCGUGGCCCAUUGUUCCAUGCGAUUAUGGUUGGGAGUAUGAAACUACAGAAGUGAAAUCUUCCAUCGUUAUCGACUUCGACCUCGUGUGCGAUCACGCGAUUUACCCGACGAUCGGCUUGGUGGCUUUGAACACUGGAGGACCGAUCGGGGUGUAUCUCUUCGGUACAUUAAACGACAGAAUCGGUAGAAGACUAUCCUUUUUCACGUGCCUGGCGACUUUGAUAACCGGUGGAUUUUUAACAUCGAUGUCGAACAGCUUUUGGACCUGGGCUGCUACCAGAAUGGUCGUCGGUUUGACCAUUCCUGCCAUUUACCAAAUACCAUUCAUCAUAUGUAAGACUGCCUCAAAGGAACAUAAUCCGGAGCGUGUGAUAACGAUACGUGAAACAUUGUUUCAUUCAAUGAAUGAAAUACUAAUUUCUUCCGAAUUCCCUGCAAACAGCUCUGGAACUGGUUGGACCAAAUUAUCGAUCAUUCGUGACGGUGAUGACGUGCAGCUUUUACACAAUGGGAUUGUGUAUGUUGGCUGGUGUGACCUAUUUGAUAAGAGAUUGGAGAACGCUUGCUCUAACUACGAGUGCACCUUUCCUUUUGUAUAUCCUCUACUGGUGGUGAGUGAUUGCUUACCACUCUGCCACUCUUUCCGCGUAUUCCGCCGUGAUUCCAGGUUCCUGCCGGAGUCACCGAGAUGGUUACUGGCGAAGGGUCGCUUAGGCGAAGCGAACGACAUCCUGGAACGAUUGGCCAAAGUAAACGGGAAAGAGUUACCGAUCUCUUUCACGCAGAAACUUCGCCAACGAAUGAUGAUGUCACGGUCGAAAAGUGAAGAGGAGAGAUUACGCAGCGGGCCCGGUGUAUUAUCUCUCUUCAAAACACCGAACAUGCGUCUGAAGACGAGUCUGAUCACUCUGAAUUGGUUUGCCAACAACAUGGUGUACGUUGGAUUAUCGUACUACGGACCAGCAUUGGGUAACGAGGAACACUUGAGUUUUUUCUUCUCGUCGCUGGCUGAGAUUCCAAGUUACAUGGCCUGUUGGGUGGUGAUGGAUCGAUGGGGUCGUCGCUGGCCUCUUUGCUUAUCCAUGGUACUGGCUGGCGUGUCGUGCAUCGCCACGGUUCUUUUGUCACCCGACGCAGUUAUGGCUACGCUAAUUCUAUUCCUCUUAUCAAAAUCCGCGAUAUCGGCCUCUUUUCUAAUUAUAUAUCCGUUUGCCGGCGAACUUUACCCCACGCAGUUACGCGGCGUAGCGAUCGGUUUCUCAGCCUACAUCAGCGGUCUCGGUCUUAUAAUCAUUCCUUUUGUUACAUAUCUUCCAGACGAAUCUUCCAAGCAUUUACGUCAUUUCGCGCAGGGCAAGGAGAACUUGGUGCUGCCCCUCGUGAUUCUCGGCGUGGUGUCUGUAAUCGGCGGAUUGUCUGGCCUACGUUUGCCCGAGACACUGCAUCAUCGAUUACCCCAGACCGUGGAGGAAGGAGAAUUGUUUGGGAAGGAUUGGACAUGUGCUGACUGCUUUCGUUGCAUCCCGAUCAAACCAUCGUCGGCCGCAGCAUCUUACGAAGAUUUGUCGAUCAGAGAGACCGUGGAGAUGCACGAAGUCCCCGAGGUACCGAUUCCUCAGAGGCUGCUGGAGGAUCAACAAAGACCGAGCAAUGCGAGCGUGCGUCGGUUGGUUCGACAGUCCAGCGUGAUGGACACGCAGCGAGAUUCUGAUGGAUCGAUUAAGAUGACUUAUUGGUUUUAGAAAUUGAAUCGAGCUUUGAGUUUCAAAAUAAAAUUACUACUGACGAAACUACUUACCCAGGGAGGUAUCAUUGCCUGUUAGGGUUUCGUCGUGUAUUUUCCUUUUUACACGUGAACCAAUCGCUUUUAUACAAGCUCCCUUGCGUAACAUAUCUUAAGAAAAAGCUCAUAUUCAAAUGAAUUGGUGGCGAUUCGAUGAAACAUUCAAUCUGAAUAAUCGAUUUUAAUAAUCGCGGUCGAGUGGGUUCCUUGAGCUUAUCUCAAGUGUCGGUCUUACCUUAAGUAGAAAAUCGGGCGAGACGAAAUGCAAAGGACGCGAACAGUGAUAUUAACAACGAAUUUUUUUUCUCGUGUACAUCUUGCAAUUUAUUCCCACAUCUGGUAUACAAAACACGAAGAUUAAAGGUGGAGGAAAAAUAAGGAAGAAGGUGGUGGCCAGCCAUGGAACUGACUCGUGGAAUCAGGCGAGCUGUAUCUCGUGUUUUCGAUCGAAUCUUUGUCCAACCUUCUCCUAUCUCUUCGACUUUAAAGUCGGGUGGUUCUGUUGUAGCAGCUGCAACCAGGAGGAUCACUGUACGAUUUCGAUAUCAAUGUUCCAUAAAAUAGUCUCGUCCUUUCUCAUCUUAUUUACCUGUCCAGUAAUCGCUGCUUUAGCUCUGGCGGAUAGGUUACAUAUAUGUAAUGGUCGGGCAUUUCUUCGUUCGAAGGCAAAUUAUCGUCCCCUGGCUCACCUUUUCUUCUUCCGCUGGAUCUACCUUCGCCAGGACCACUCUGAUCGUGUAACGAGGACGUAGCCGUGAGCUCUCCAUCCGUGUAAUCUAAGCUUCCGGUUCCGUCUAGCCUGUCUUCUUCUGCUGAACUGCAAAAACGCAAGUCAGGUGAAUCAUUGUAAUACUAAUUAGAAGGAAAAUUAUGUUUCAUUUAAAUAAGACGAACGAACUUCGAACAAAAGUGACGAUAUUUAAAAUUAAAAUUUGACAUUAACGUGUUCGAGGCGUAUUUUUCUUUUUCACAUAGUAAUCAGUUUGCUCGGCAAAUCUUCGAUCACUUUUAUCUAAGCUAUUCGUUGGUACUUUUCAAGAUAUCUUUAACUUAUUCAAAUGUCAAAGUUGUUGAAAAGUCCGAUUUUUUGAAGUAUUUUCGAUAAGUAAACGAUAUUGCGCGUGAAAAGAAUAGGCGAAUCAUUAUUGUAGCAGUUAUUUAGAAUAUUUCCGUUACAUG